UCCCCAGCUCCCUCUUUCCCUCCGGCUCCUCUCCACCCUUCCCUCCCGCCCCGCUCUUGGCAGGGCGCCCCGGCUCUCGGCGCCGGCUCAGGCACCCCCCGAAGCCCUUCGCCCCACAGUCCCCCCGACCCUCCUUCUCCUCUUGUCUUUCCCCCCCAGGUUUGGGGUGGGUUUUCCACUCUGGAUGCCAACCACCCCUUGACCUGUCCCCAGGCCGUGGCAGCGGGACCAAGUGUUGACGAUGCCACCCAACCCCAUCCCAAAACCACCCCACAUCCCACCGGCGCUGAGGACCAUCGCGGAUGCCGACUACUUACUGUCUUCUUCUCCUUGCCCGCGGGUUGGGGUCAUACGGGGCCGAUCCAACUCUGGAGCUCCAAAUCCAGACCCCAGCAGAAACUUCCUACUGCCCUUGCCCACUCCUUCGCCUCCCCUUAUAUACGAUGCGCUGGCGGGGAGAGCCCUCUCCCUCCUCACCAUCCUGCUCCCCUCUCCCCCCUCCUGGCACACUUCCACGGCCGUUUCCACAUUUGAAGGAGCCACGUUGGUUGGAAAAAGCAAAAGCUCCUUGACAAUAAUCCAUAAUCGACCAUGCAAUUUGAGAGGCUCUGCAAUUCAAUGCAGAGAGGAGAAGAAAACCCACCCAAGGAGGAGUUCUGUGCAUACACACACAGACACACAUGCACACGCAUGCAGACGGGGACACGCGUGCGCGCGCCGGGAGCAGCUGGCCCUGUAUCCACGCAUCCGAGACACGUUGCAGGGAGAAGACGACUCCAAUCCUGCCUCGGCGACUCGCAAGCCCUUGGCCAGGCUCCAGCCUGAAGAUGUGUCUUUAAUUUUUGCAGCAUGACAGAAAAGAAAAGAAUGUCAUCGGGGUUUU